AUGCUUGGAUUCCACACCUUGCCAAACGAGCUCAAGGAGGUCAUUUUUUUGUUGCUACCUUUAGACGAUCUCAUGGAAUGUCGAUGUGUCUGUCAGCUUUGGUUGAAAAUUAUCGAUUGUGAUGUGUUUUGGAUCAAGAAGUUUUCGCAAAAAAAUCUGGAUUUUGCCACCUCCGUGCAGAACUUGCCAAUAUGUUUCUAUCGUGAUAUCUACGACUCCCAGGCCUCGUUUAAAAACAAUCUGGUCCGAAAUGGCGAUUGCUCUAUGAAGCUCUUCUCUCAGAGUCCAAACAAGUUUCCCUAUUGGCUUCAUGUCGGGAAUUUUCAUUCGACUUGGAGUAAGAAGCUAUUAGGGACUACAUCCAUCCUGUUGCCGAAGCAACUAGAGGGAACACGCGCUUGUUUUUCGGCUGAACUCACGCAUGGACCCAAUGAAAUGCACCAGAAGAUCAGCCUGAAAGAACUCGGCAUUCCAAUGCGGUUGAUCUAUGCCCUGAAACCGAUGGUUCGAUUCUCCGCCUGGUUCUACAUUUUUAGCGGAAGGACGAGCUCUGUGUUGACAAUGUUGAAGCUUUUAGACUCGAAUGAUCGCAUCUUGGCCACCCAAAGAAAGCAAGUGCCCGAGGAUGAGACCGACCGAGGCGGGUACUGGACCAAAGUGGUCAUGGUUUUCGAGCCACGAACCACGGCGUCCCUUGAUAAGAUCUUGGUGAUGUUUUUGGGCGACCAUAUUCUCAUUGCCAAUGUUCAUCUGCACCUGAUAAUGGAUUCGGAUGACCUCCAGCGAGAGGAGGAAGAGGAAGAGGCCGACUAAGCGUGGCUGGCCAUGACAUUGAAGAAGUGAUAAAUCUCGUCCUUAUCGUACAUGGCCACCUCUGUCGAGCAAUGAUCGCACUUGACCGGAUGAAAUUCGUCAGAUGAUGAGUCUGCGGCUUCCAGUUCUGGCAAAGCCUUGGUCUUUUUCUUGGAUCCAGUCUUGGCCCUGGGGUAUUUGAGUUUCUGCGUCAGAUCCACCGAACAAUUGGUGACAAAUAUUGCUCUGUACUGCGUUUCAUAGAGAGCGUGCCGCUGACAAUCUAAGCAGAGUACAUUGAAGCAAGCCGGACAAUUGAGCACAGCAUCGCUGUUCGGCAGGGGCGUGGCUUUAGACGAUUGAGAUGGGCCCAAUAGUCUGCAAAGAAAUUAAUAUCAUUAAUAUCAUCGUUAUGCAAUAAAGGCGACCUUUCGCUCGUUUGGACUA